GUUUCGCAGUAAUCGGUUGAAAUUAGAUGAAUUCGGUGCACUAUUUAUAAAUUUAAUAAAGUAAACAGCAAGCAAACAGUGUAGUGCAUUAAAAACAGCAAGCAAACCCACAUAUAUAUACUCAGAUCUCUUCGAACUACAAUGUCUAAGACUGGACCAAAUAACCUCUUUAUCGUCUUAGACAAGACACAUAAUACGUGCUCAGAUCAGUACUUGUUGUGCUGCCGCGCCUGUCUGUCCACCGACGUCAGAUUGUACAAUAUUCAUGAUUAUAAACUUGCUAAAGCUUUCUCUGCCAUCGCUGGGCCUCCUGUAAUCAAGGACAAGCUUCCUCAAUAUCUAUGCUCACACUGCCGCACUCUACUGAUGAAAUGUGUCUCGUUCAGGAAGAUGUGUCUCCGAACACAACAACGGCUCAUGCCAGCGUUGCUGAGAGGACAGUUAAACACAGACUACAUUCGUAGUAUAAAUCAGCCUUCUCAACAAUUCAUCAAUUUAACCACAACUGAAGUUGAAACUAUCAACUACAUCCCUAAAGACAAACAUGUUAUAGAGACUGCACCGGAUAAUUAUAUAAAAAUUAUGGAAACCCUAACACAAGACAUAAACUUCGAUACAUCACUAGCAGAAAACAUAAAAGAUGAACCAAACAUAGAUAUGGUUGACAUAAAUAAUAUAUUAAACCAAACUGAUGAUACAAUAGAAUUUGAUAUUGAGAUAGACGAAGAAAGUAAUCAUAAUGUAAAAGACGAAGAUGGAUUAAAAGGUAGGAGUAAAAAUAUUAAAACAGAAAAUAGUGGAACAGGAACCAAAUUUAAGAUAGAAAUAGAUAAUGAAAAUGAUGAUGUAUUUAAUGUUAGUAGAAUCAAAUCAGUUAUGGAUGGAGGUAUUGUAAAUGAAAAUGAAGAUAUAGGUGAUGUCAGUCUAAAAAAUGAACCAAACUUAGGAAUUGGAGACCAUAUUGAGAAUAUAAAUGACGUCAGUAGUAUACAGAAUGUUAAAAAUUCAGUAAAAAAGCGAAAAGGAAAUGGUAGCACACAAAACGCUAACAAUUCAGUAAAAAAGCGUAAAAGUAAUAAAAAGGAGGAGAAAAUUGAAUGUAAUCUUAGUGACAAAAAUACGGGGGUCAGACCGAAACGCACAAGGAAAAGAAUAAAAAAAGAAAAGGAGGAACUGAGAAACAUUAAGAUUUUCGAAAGUGAUUAUUCAGUGAAAAUAGUUUUUUUGAGCAAGGAGGAGCAACUGGCUGAGGUGGCAGCGCGCCGAGAGGGCAGGAACUACUUGGAGUCUCAGUACAAGUGCGAGGAGUGUUAUAAAGGGUUCGGGAUGAGGCCCGCUUAUGAGAAUCACCUGCUGCGACACAGUCCUGGCAGUGGUCCGUACUCGUGCGAAAUCUGCAACGUACGCUUCGAGAGAGACAAGAGCAGGAAAGAUCACCAGAAUCUGCAUCUGUUGAAGCUGUUCUGCACGCAGUGCGACUUCGUCUCAAGGUCCAAGUCGCAGGCGAUGCUGCAUCACGGCCUUCACGCGGGCCGCCUCCACCAGUGCAAGCAUUGUGACAGGAGCUUCCAAAAGCCUACGUCCUACUUUUCUCACAUGCGCGCCAUCCACCUCGCGAAGAACGUGGCGUGCGACGAGUGUGGCGAGGUGUUCGUCAGCAACAACGGCCUCAGACAGCACAAGGGGAAAACCCAUGCCAAGGUAAAGUACAAACCAGGGAUGUUGCGGAUAUCCGCAUCCGCGUCCGCGGAACAUCCGCAUUAUUUUUGUUAGGAAGCCUACGUCCUA